AUGCGGCACCCCAAGUAUUUCACGCCGAAGGAGGUGUCCGUUCACAACGCUCUCAAAGAUAUAUGGGUGUCGUACCUGGGCAAAGUCUACGAUCUGACACCGCUGCUGGAGGAAAAUAAAGGUGAUGUGUUAUUGAAACCUAUCACAGAGUGUGCAGGAAAGGACAUCAGUCACUGGUUUGACCCAAAGACAAAGGAUAUUCUUACACAUGUUGACCCGUUGACUGGCUGCAUUAAAUACUACACCCCUAGGGGGCGCUUUUUACAUAUACCCCCUCCCUGCCCUCGCACUGACUGGGCCAAUGAUUUCGGGAAGCCGUGGUGGAAGGAUAACCGCUACGAGGUUGGGCUGCUGUCUGCCAAAACACGCUGGAUCCGCAUUAUCAACACUUUAACCUCCCAAGAGCAGAGGCUGGAGGUUUGCUCGGAGGAGACUCUGGAAGAGAUUCUCCAGCGAUACCUGUGCUACAAUUCCCAUGCAGCAAGCUACACCUGGAAGCACAAUGGCGUAAAUUUGGACAUGAGCAAGACCCUGAGUGAAAACAGCAUCCCUGAAGAGGAUGAGUUUUACUGCGGAAGCCCAGAGUGUGACCUCUUCUCUCCAUCCAUAUGUCUGUAUUUCAACGACGACCUCACUGAACUCUAAAAAACACAUGCUAUUAAUAUGAACAAUGGCAUAUAAUUCAUUAGAAUAUCCACUGCAAGCCGUUUUGAGCGAGAAGAAUACACCACAUCAACUAUUCAUGUGUUCAGUGUUUCAUCGAUUCCUGUCGGUGGUUAUCUUAUUGCAGCUCUCUGGGCUUCAUCCAAUCAAAUGCUGAGCAACAGAAUAAAAAAGAUGAAUGCCAGCCCACAUAAUAACCCCCUGAACCAUAAAGUCUGGUGGUUGCCAUGGUAAUUGCUCGGAGGA